UCUCCUCUGUCAGUAUCACCAGACUCCAGCUUACAGAAACAGAGCAGAGCUCAACUCGUCCUGCAUGAAAUGCUCUCUUUUUCUGUGACCUCUGAUUUUCAAAUUUACUUUGUUUCUUCUUUCCUUUUUGUUUAUUUAUCCUGUUAUUAUAUUGUCUGCUUUCAUUUAUUCUCUGUUUAUCUCUGUUGCCUGUUGCCUAUAACCUCCCCGGCCUUUUCUACUCUCCACUCUUCCCUCUUAAGUUUGCCUCCUCUAUUGCAUUUUGGAUACAUUCCAUGGAUAUUCUGCACUGGUUUUACCUGUACUUGGGGAUAUUCUGCAGCCUGGUACCAUGUUGUGGCCACCCGCAACCUUGCCGUAUCCUUGCACGUAUAGGGCACACAGUUCGCCUUGGUGCUCUUCUACCCUCGUAUGGUAACUCACAGGCUAGGAUUCAGAAUGUGCUCUCACGGAUCAGCCGGACCAGUUGGCUUCCUUAUAACCUAAGUUUGGAGGUAGUCUCUGGAGCCCCUCGAGAUAGAAACCCUGCUUCACUGACAAAGUGGUUGUGCCAUGUGCUGGUGGCACAAGGGAUUGCAGCAGUGUUGGCAUUCCCACAGUCACAAGAAGAGCUACUACAACUGGAAUUUCUAUCCAGUUUUUUGGAAAUCCCAUUUAUCAGUAUUCUGGAGCAGGAUCAGAUUGUACCACUGACUACCAAGAACCCAUUUCACCUCCAAAUGGAUACAAAAAGCUCAGCGGAAAACCUCAUGGAAAUUUUCUUUAGUGUUCUGCAGAACAGUAGUUGGGAGGAAGUGGAUAUCAUUACCUGCCAUCCCUGGGAUAGUGCCAGUAUACAAAGGUACUUGACAACCACUACCUUAGUGUCUAGAACCAUGCUUAAUAUCCAUCCUGUGGAUGAAUCUGCUCUGGUUCCCUUCUUACAGCAGCAUUUUGAGUCCACUAAGAACCCUCAAGUUCCUAUGCUACUGUAUGGUUGCGAUGCCCAAAAGUCCUCCUUGGUGUUUGGUGUAGCCAGAGACUGUGGAUUAGAAGCACACGAGUUUCACUGGAUGAUAGGUCAUCCCCUUAAUGUGGAAGAGAUGAAGACAGAGGGGAUGCCUCCAGGUCUCCUGGCCUAUGGAGAGGUCAGUCGGCCUACCAUGGAAAAGUUUAUACGUGAUGCUGUAGGCCUGGUGACCAGGGCCAUCUCUGCUGCUGUGCAUGUCAGGCCAGAUCUUGCGCUCAUACAGAGUAUGGUGAACUGCAAUGACAAGCAAACCAAGAAGAGUGAGUCUUCGGGCAUGUACCUGUCUAGGUUUCUGGCUAACACAUCCUUCUCUGGACAGACUGGUCAGAUCUAUGUAGCAGAUAAUCUCAUCCACACUGAACAUCACUACAGAAUUUGGAGCCUGGUAAGAGACUCAUUGGGAGAUCCAACAUGGGUUACUGUGGGGGGCUGGCGAGAGGGCAGAAUGGAGGCAGAGGAAGGUUUAUGGCAGAGCCGAAUCCAACAGUGGGAGCCAGCACCAGGUGGCUUUGUCCGCACUAAACUAAGAGUGGUUACUUUGGUAGAACACCCUUUUGUCUUUACCCGUGAAGUGGAUGCAGAUGGCAGUUGCCCAGCGGGCCAAAUGUGUCUUGACCCACGAACAAACAAUUCAGCAGUUUUAGAUGUUCUUUUUGAGGAGCUUACCUCACCAAAUGGUUCAGUGCCACUGGAGUACAAAACUUGUUGUUAUGGAUACUGCAUUGACUUGCUAGAAAAGCUCUCUGAAGACCUGAGGUUUGAUUUUGAAUUGUACAUUGUCGGGGAUGGAAAGUAUGGGGCACGAAAAGGUGAUCGAUGGACAGGUCUUGUUGGUGACUUGCUGAGUGGGGCAGCUCACAUGGCUGUGACCUCCUUUAGUAUAAAUUCAGCUAGAAGCACAGUUAUAGACUUUACCAGCCCUUUCUAUUCUACUAGCUUGGGCAUUCUUGUGCGAAUGAAGGACACUGCCUCUCCCAUUGGAGCUUUCAUGUGGCCAUUACACUGGUCCAUGUGGGUGGGUAUCUUUGUUGCUUUGCACAUCACUGCUCUGUUUCUUACCUUUUAUGAAUGGAAGAGUCCAUUUGGAAUGACUCCACAUGGCCGAAACCGGAUGAAAAUCUUCUCUUACUCCUCAGCACUUACCCUUGUCUAUGCUAUCCUUUUUGGGAGGACAGUGUCAAGCAAAACACCCAAAUGUUAUACAGGCCGAGUUCUCAUGAAUCUUUGGGCCAUAUUCUGCCUUCUAGUACUGUCCAGCUACACUGCUAAUCUUGCUGCAGUCAUGGUGGGAGAUAAGACCUUUGAAGCACUUUUAGGAAUCCAUGACCCCAAGCUUCAUCACCCUUCUCAAGGCUUUCGCUUUGGAACAGUAUGGGAAAGCAGUGCAGAGCAGUACAUCAAGAAAAGCUUCCCUGAGAUGCAUAACUAUAUGCGCAAGUUUAGUGUCCCAGCAACAUCUGAUGGUGUUCACUUGCUAAAGACAGAUCCUCCAACUCUGAAUGCUUUUAUCAUGGACAAAGCACUGCUGGAAUAUGAAGUUUCCAUUGAUUCAGACUGCAAGCUACUCACUGUUGGCAAACCCUUUGCAAUAGAAGGAUACGGGAUCGGACUUCCCCAAAACUCUCCUCUAACCUCCAACAUUUCAGAAUUCAUUAGCCGCUACAAAUCUUCAGGGUUUAUGGAUACACUACAUGACAAGUGGUACAAGAUGGUGCCAUGUGGCAAACGGGUUUUUGCUGUGACAGAGACUUUACAGAUGGGAAUAUAUCAUUUCUCUGGCCUGUUUGUUCUAUUGUGCACUGGGUUCUGUGGAUCUCUCCUCACAUCAUUGUUGGAGAGGGUAGUCUAUCACCUCAUCCUACCCCAGAUCAGGAGAAGACGUAGGUUCAAGUACUGGCUCCACACUAGCCAGAAGAUCCACCGAGCUUUAAAUUUUACAUGUGAGGAUAAAGAUGUGCUUUCUACUAAGUCUAAUAAACGUGAUAACCUGCAGAAAGAUGCCACAGGGAAUAACCUACGUCGGACUUCUGCUCACAGAGAGAGAAGAGUGCACUUUAACUUGGAGAUGGUCAGUGCUAGAGAAGGUCUCUGUGAGAAUGGGUGCCCCCAAGGAAACAAACAGGAAGAGUUAAAGGAACUUGAAGUGAAGAUUGAGGGUAUGAAGGAACAGCUGAGAGCUGCCCUGGUGAGGAAGAGCCAGCUUAUGGUCAUCCUACAACCUUCCUGCACUCACACUAAGACAGACAUCUCAGAGAAGAGAUGAUAAAGAGUUUGCCUGUGCAGAGAAUAAGCUAAUACUUUUUGAAGGCUUGCAGUGUAAUCCUUUAACCUUUUCAGUGAGGAGUUGCUGGCAGUUUGUCACUUUAAGGGUUAACGCCAGAGGCACAGGAAGCAACUCUAUCUUUGUUCCUAUGCUGUUACAAUAAGGACACACUCACAUGCUUUUCAUUGUUUUACUUGAGAUGCUGUAAAUACUAACUGGAGUUUAAACCGAUGAUGAAGCUGACAAUUCUACCAGGGUUAAUCGACAUUAACUCCAUAUGAACAUCAUUAUACAAUCUGUGUGAUGCCAAGUAUUUCUACACUGCCAUAUUUUACUGCUCAAACCAAACCCUCAUCAUAUCUGGAAAUCACUUAUCCAAUCAAAGAAUUUGUACAUUGGGUCAUGUGGUACAAGUUAAAGGGAGUGAUUGAAGGAUAUAUUCAAUAAAUUAUAGGAUAGAUAGAUAUACAAGUAUGGGAACCUGUUAUCCAGAAAUCUCUGAAUUAUGGGAUGGCUGUCUCCCACAAACUCCAUUUUAUCCAAAUAA